CAGAUUUAAUAGGCCCGGCGAGUAGUGGAGGAGCUUAGUCGAUUGACGACUCGCGGGCAGCCGUAUGUUUGAUUCGAGAUAUAUCCGCUUAAGUUGAUUCGACACGAGACUGGCGCUAACCGCGAGUGGGAUUAUUGCAUUCCCUACGGAACGCGAGUGCUCUGUCAGAGCGCAUUUAAUUAGCGAGAGCAGUCGGAGUGAAACAGGAAAAUUCCUGACGCGCUCCGAUUAGUGAAAAAGAGAGAGAAAAUAAGAAGGAAGGAAGGAAGAAUAGUUACGAUUUCGAGAUUGGUUAGUGAAGAGCUCUACAGCAAAUAAACAUGAUGAUCAUCAGCUCAAUCGUCCUUUUCCUCGCUCUAACAACAAUCGAUGCACAGAAUAGAUGCACAGAAAGAGAUUCUAAUUGCAUCAACAUUCGCAACUGUCCGGAGAUUAUAGCCAUCUUGAGGGGUCCAAGACCGCUUUCGGCACAGACGUUGCAGACUCUCAGAAACUCGCAAUGUGGCUUCGAUGGCCACGAACCGAAAGUUUGUUGCGACGGGCAGGGUACAACCACCACCACCACGACGACGACGACGACAACAACGACAACGACAGAAGCUCCAGAUUCAGAAGACACUCCUGGUCCACCAAAUGUGACAAAUCAUCCAAAUUUACGUCUUUUAAAUCAUCAAGCAUGCGGACCCAUCACCGUACCAAAGGUAGUCGGCGGUAACAAAACCGGAAUAUUUCAGUAUCCCUGGAUGGCAUUGAUCGCAUACGACACCGGAAGACCGAAUCCCGAGUUUCGUUGUGGCGGCACAGUUAUCUCCUCACGCUACGUCCUUACCGCUGCUCAUUGCGUCACGUCAUUACCAGGGAAUCUCAGAUUAAUAGGCGUCAGAGUAGGAGAUCAUGACAUAAGCAAAGAACGUGAUUGCGAGACAGAUAACGACGGACUUGAGGUUGUGUGCGCCGAGAGGUAUCAGGAUUUUGGCAUGGAUAACUUUUACUUCCAUCCAGAGUACACAAGAACGAAGCUACAAAAUGACAUCGCUCUUAUCAGAUUGAAUGCCACCGUGGACUUCAGACCGCGGAAUGUCAAGCCCGUUUGUUUACCCUUCGGUUCUGCAACGACUCUAACUCAUAGUAAAGCAGUGGUGACCGGUUGGGGCGCGACGGAGCUUGGUCCGCGCAGCACGGACCUUUUGCAGGCGAAGCUGCCCCUGGUUCCUUAUCAGCAGUGUAAGGAAGCAUAUAAACGGUCCACGCAGAUCUGGUAUAAACAGCUGUGCGCCGGUGGCCAAAUGAAUGUGGACUCCUGUGCAGGCGACAGCGGCGGACCUCUGCAGGCGGCUAAUAUAUACAACGGUACAUCAGUGCGUAUUAUCCAGUACGGCGUAGUAAGCUACGGUCUGAAGCAGUGUGGUACCCAAGGCUUUCCCGGGGUCUACACCAGCAUCGCCUAUUACAUGGACUGGAUCCUCAACACAAUGACAGAUUAAAGCGUGAUUGAAAUGUUGUGAAACGCAAAUCUGUUGUGUUCAGGAUACGCAAACACGGUAAUUUAGAUCGUGAUAAAAACAACACAAAUUUCGCGAGGCGUUCGAUAAAUAGAUAGAUAAAAUAAAUUUUGAAAGAUCGCCACAGGAUAAGUAAAAUUGCAACGGCAGAAAAGGUAUAUACUUAACAUUUGUGGAAGUAAGCGAUUUAAACGUGAAAGAAGGUAAUUCACGAGGCAAUACCGUUGAUGCGUAUUUUAAUUAAUAAAAAUAAUUAAAAAAAAAUCUUGUGUAUGUGUAUGCGUGUGUAUGUGUGUUAUCCAUUUAUUAAGAUAAAAUAUCUUACUGCCGAUACAAUUUUAUUCCAUAAGACGGAGAUCUCUCGGAAUUGUAACUUAAAUUAAAUUUAACUGUGCUGUUUUUUAUCGUGCAUGUGUGAUAAGCGUAUAUCAUAAUGAAAAGAAAAAAUCGAAAAAGUGACAAAGACAUUUUCUACAUGCAAAUGGAUAUUUAAACUGAUGUGUGAUUAUGAUUUAUAUUUUAAUUUCACGUAUCAUGUUUUUAUAAUAUAUCGAUAUAUGAUUUUCCAUAAAAAAGA